AUGUCUCAUUUAUUUCGUCUGCCGCGGGAGCUGCGCGAGAUUAUUUACGGAUACUACACCACCGUCGAUGGCGGGUACCUAUGCGACACCGACGCUUUCGUCGCCGGUCGGCUCAAGAGGAUUGACGGACAGCCCAUCGACAUAGCCUUGAUCUAUACCUGCAAGACUAUCGCUGAGGAGAUGGACCGCGGAGGCCUCGCGAUGCGCCUCAACGCCAUCUCCUUCACAACUCUCUAUUCACCGGACCUCAGCAUCCUCGCCAAAGCUUUCCAGCAAUUGAUGAACGACGGCCUGGAGCCCCUCCGGGAUGCCAUGCUCAAAUGCGUUGGCUACCAUCUCACGGAGAGUUCAAUCUUGCAGCUCAAGGGCGACUACCCUUACCUCGCGCCCGUGCUGGACCGUCUCAAGUCCGAAGAGCCCCCAGCGCGCCUUGGACAUGAACGGAGUUACCGGACCUACAGGCGCAACGGGCCGUACGGCGAGGUCCCCUCAACCUAUCGGGAGUUUGUCAAAGAUGCGCUGCGCCUAGCGGCAGAUGAACCCGAAGCCUCACGUGCGAUACGUGACUUCGUGCCUGCGAAGAUUACGGGGUCCUACCGCGCGGACGGGCCUUGGACUCAUUUCGAUAUUGUCAACGCCCGCUCGGAAGCGUGGGACAUUCCAUCCACACACGAGAUGAAUGAGUUGAUAUCUCUCACAAAGGAUGAGACAACCGUCUCUUUUGACUCAGCCGAAUCCGACCCUGUCAAAUACCGGUUCUCCGCCGCCGCUGCCGCCAUUUACUUCCUGAACUCCGUCCCUUGUACCCUUCGCCCUCACCUCCGCAAAAUCAUACUCCUCGAAGAUGCCAAAUGCGUCUCAAACCCAGAGUCUCAUGCUAGAGGACUCAUUCCGUUCUGCCAGGACAAUCCGUUGCUCCGCGUGGAACGCCGCGUCAAGCUGUGGACGAACGUAUUCCUCACGGGCAUCACGUACGAUGCAUACCUUGAAUGGCAGUGCGCUCAACAGACGGGCCAACAUGAAACCGGCGUCCUGUACUCCGACCAGAUAACUGCGGCCUUGGGGCCCUGGAUUGUGGAGGCGGCGGCGCUCGUUGGAGCUGGCAUGCCCCGGGCCUCGUUUUCACUGCUGUUAGAAAGCGGUGGAGCACCGGAGUUGUGCAGCCAGAUAUUCCGGUCCGUCUUGCACCGCGAUAUAGCAUGGCAACAGGCUUGGAUUGAAAGCGCAAGAAAUGGAACUUUGGACCUUUCGUGGUUUGGCCUGAGAGGCACGCUUGCGGCCAACUCGGUAAGGGAAAGAGACCAUGUCUUCCAUGCGGGUCCAACAAGGGGACCGCAGAACUUCUACGACUUUGCAGGAUACUUUUUCGAAGAGCUCCCACGAGUGGUCAGAGAAAUUUGCGAAGGUAGCUCGAUCAUUCGGUGCGAUUUCGAGGUAGGAACACCGUUUGAUUUCCAGGCCAUCGUCGACGAUCACAAGCACUGGGGCGAUGGUAAAUGGAUUCAAGUAUGGUCCAGCCAUUCCCCAGCGAUUUGGAAGACCUCCCUGACUGGAAAACGAUUGUCAAGGAUAAUCUUGUGGUCAGCAAGGGACCACUGGGACGACUCAAGAUACUACAUCUAG